AUGGACGAAGCUCUAAUUGCAACGAUCAAUAAACUACAGGAUGCAUUGGCUCCUCUGGGUGGAGGAUCACAAUCCCCAAUCGAUCUACCCCAAAUCACAGUUGUCGGAUCCCAAUCUUCAGGAAAGUCUUCUGUAUUGGAAAACAUCGUGGGACGGGAUUUUUUGCCUCGCGGUACUGGAAUUGUUACGCGGAGACCUUUAGUGUUGCAACUGAUCAACAAAAGGGGAAAGAAGGAGACCAGUGAUGAUUUGUUGGAAUUGCAAAACGAAGAUUCAAAAAAAGGGCAAUCUGAAGACAAUGUCAACGAGUGGGGUGAGUUCUUACAUGUACCGGGCAAAAAGUUUUAUAACUUUGACGAAAUCAGACAAGAGAUUGUCGCAGAAACCGACAAAACGACGGGCAAAAACGCGGGUAUAUCUUCGGUUCCUAUCAAUCUGAGAAUAUACUCUCCCCAUGUGCUAACUUUGACGUUGGUGGACUUGCCGGGUUUGACAAAGGUGCCAGUUGGGGAUCAACCUGUUGACAUUGAGAAGCAGAUCAAGGACAUGCUUCUGAAGUACAUUUCAAAGCCUAACGCUAUUAUUUUGUCCGUUAAUGCCGCAAAUACAGAUUUGGCGAACAGCGAUGGUCUGAAGCUCGCCAGGGAAGUUGACCCUGAAGGAACAAGGACAAUCGGUGUUCUUACCAAAGUUGAUUUGAUGGACCAAGGAACGGAUGUCAUAGAUAUAUUGGCUGGACGAGUAAUUCCGUUGAGAUAUGGCUAUAUCCCCGUCAUCAAUCGUGGCCAAAAAGACAUUGAGGGUAAAAAGACUAUCAGGUUGGCUCUUGAAGAUGAAAGGAAAUAUUUUGAGAAUCACUCAUCAUACAGUUCAAAAGCGCACUAUUGCGGAACUCCUUAUUUGGCGAAAAAGCUGAACUCCAUAUUGCUACAUCAUAUCAGACAAACUUUGCCCGACAUUAAGAAUAAAAUAGAAAUGACUCUGAAGAAGUACCAAGCAGAACUUGUUAACCUGGGCCCGGAAACAAUGGACUCCCCAAACUCUAUAGUUCUGAGCAUGAUCACAGAUUUCACUAAAGAAUACAAUGGGAUUUUGGAUGGUGAAGCCAAGGAACUUUCGAGCCAAGAACUUUCCGGCGGUGCUCGUAUCUCUUUCGUGUUCCACGAGAUCUAUAAGAAUGGUGUCCGGGCCUUGGACCCGUUUGACCAGAUUAAGGACUCCGACAUCAGAACCAUAAUGUACAAUAGCUCUGGUUCAGCGCCUUCUCUAUUUGUGGGUACCGAAGCCUUUGAGGUUCUGGUGAAGCAGCAAAUAAACCGGUUCGAAGAACCUAGUUUGAGACUAGUGAGCCUUGUUUUUGACGAAUUGGUGCGUAUUCUUAAACAAAUAAUUUCUCAACCAAAAUACGGCAGGUAUCCAGGACUAAGAGAAGCUAUGUCGAACUACUUUGUCCAGUUUUUGAAAGAAUCAAUAAUACCUACCAAUACUUUCGUCUCAGAUAUCAUCAAUGCAGAACAAACUUACAUCAAUACUGCUCAUCCAGAUCUUUUGAAGGGGUCCCAAGCUAUGGCGAUGAUUGAAGAAAAACUUCAUCCAAGACAAGUAGCUGUUGACCCUAAGACUGGUAAACCGUUACCAAACCAACCUACUCCUCAACCUGCGACUCAGUCCGAAGAUAAAUCGGGCUUCUUUGGGGGGUUCUUCUCUUCAAAGAACAAAAAGAAACUGGCUGCAUUAGAAUCACCUCCCCCUGUUUUGAAGGCGACCGGUCAAAUGACUGAGAGAGAAACAAUGGAAACCGAAGUCAUCAAGCUUUUAAUUGAAAGUUAUUUCAACAUUGUUAAACGCACGGUCGCAGAUGUGAUUCCCAAAGCAGUCAUGUUGAAGUUGAUCGUGAGAAGUAAGAAUGAUAUCCAGAAGAUUUUACUCGAAAAGCUUUAUGGAAAUCAAGAUAUUGCGGAUUUGACCAAAGAAAAUGACAUUACUAUUCAGCGCCGUAAGGAAUGUCAGAAAAUGACUGAAAUUCUACGAAACGCAAGUGAAAUCGUCUCUUCAGUUUAA